UGCAAUCAAAUUCAAACUGCGAAAAUCUCAGCUUUCUUUCCAUUUUCAUCUUCAAUUUCUUCCCAACUUUUUUGUCUCAAAGUUCUGUCAAUCAAUUUCUUUCCAUUUUUCUCUGCUUUUGUCUGCUAAUACGAGAGCAAGGCAGCAAGCAGCUGCAAAUUUUCAAGGUGUGAAGGAAAGUUCCAGAUAGCAAAGAUGAAUGAUCUGAUGACCAAAUCGUUUAUGAACUAUGUUGACCUCAAGAAAGAGGCAAUGAAAGAUCUUGAAGCUGGUCCAGACUAUGAUCUCGAAAUGUCUUCCACUACAAACACCAUGGACCAAAACCUUGGCCUGUUCCUUGAAGAAGCUGAGAAAGUGAAGCAAGGAAUGGCAGUAAUCCGAGAACUCUUGGGCAAGCUCCAAGAAGCCAAUGAAGAAAGCAAGUCACUUCACAAACCAGAGUCCUUGAAAGCUUUGCGGAACAAAAUCAACAACGACGUUGUCACAGUGCAAAAGAAAGCAAGGACCAUCAAGGCUCAGCUUGAAGAAAUGGACCGUGCCAAUGCAGCUAAUAAGCGCCUCUCGGGGUACAAAGAAGGCACCUUAAAUUACAGGACCAGGAUUGCAGUCACCAAUGGCUUGCGUAACAAAUUGAAGGAGCUGAUGAUGGAUUUUCAAGGUUUGAGGCAAAAAAUGAUGGCUGAGUAUAAGGAAACUGUGGGGAGAAGGUAUUUUACUGUGACUGGAGAAAACCCAGAUGAGGAAACAAUCGAGAAAAUCAUUUCUGAUGGCAGUGGCGGUGGGGGGUUCUUAACAAGGGCGGUUCAAGAACAUGGGCGAGGGAAGGUGUUGGAGACGGUAGUUGAGAUUCAAGAUAGGCAUGAUGCUGCUAAAGAGAUCGAAAAGAGCUUGCUGGAGUUGCACCAAGUGUUUUUGGACAUGGCGGCGAUGGUGGAGGCACAAGGGGAACAAAUGGAUGAUAUUGAACACCAUGUGAUGAAUGCCAGCCAUUAUGUGAAAGAUGGUUCUAAAGAGCUCAAUAAUGCGAAAAGGAGAAAGUGACAUUCACAAAGAAGCAGUCCAUAAAUCCAUGUCGAAGAUGAAAUCAUCCCACCAUUUGCUGCUGCCGCCUUCAUCAAACUCCAAAUCACCCACAAGUGUCACAGGCUCCUCCGCUGCAACUUCCUGGCCUUGCUGAUUGACUUGAACGUCGUGAAACGGUGCCCACACGCUGGUUUCUUGUUGGGUAUUAGGAGAUACAUGAGCUGGGCGUCUGGGUUUCAUUGAGGCUGUUGUUGUUGCUGCUGCAGUUUGGUCAUCUUCAGAUUGUGGAGCAGAGUUGAGCUUUUUACUGAGAUGGCAGUUCCAAUAGUUUUUAACAUCAUUUGCGGUUCUUCCAGGGAGUCUUCCAGCAAUUAGGGACCACCUGAUCAUCAACAUUAUCAACCACAUGUGCUUUUAUACUACUAAUAACACAUUAGCUUUAUGGAGUGAAAAGCAUGCCUGUUACCGAGGAGGCUGUGGAGGUUAAUGAUGAGAUUGACUUCCUCUGCUGCAAAA